GCGUGCGUGCGUGCGUGCGUGCGUGAGAGAGAGAGACAGACAGACAGACAGACAGACAGAGAGGGAGGCUCGUGCAGCCCCUGGUCGCCCACUCCACUGAGACAUGGACACCACCGUGACCGUCAGCGCCACCUCCGUGCCAGCCGCGCACCUCACGCACGGCGCCUUCCCGUUCGGACUGUCGGAGGCUCGUGCCGGCGUCGCCGUGCAGGCGUCGGCGCGGGACUGCGGGGUCGCCGGUGCCAAGAGCAAAGUGACCAAGAGGCCGCGCUCGAGCUCCCCGGAGCUGCUGCGCUGCAAGCGGCGCCUCAGCUUCAACGGCCUCGGCUACAGCAUCCCGCAGCAGCAGCCCGUGGCCGUGGCUCGGCGCAACGAGCGCGAGAGGAACCGCGUGAAGCAGGUGAACAUGGGCUUCCAGACGCUGCGGCAGCACGUGCCCAACGGCGCCGCCAACAAGAAGAUGAGCAAAGUGGAGACGCUGCGCUCCGCCGUGGAGUACAUACGCGCGCUGCAGCAGCUCCUGGACGAGCACGACGCCGUGUCCGCCGCCUUCCAGUGCGGCCUCCCCUCGCCCACGCUCUCGCACAGCUGCUCGGCGGACCCCGAGUCGCCGCACUCCGCCUACUCGUCGGACGAGGGCGGCUACGAGCACCUGAGCUCCGAGGAGCAGGAGCUGCUGGACUUCACCACCUGGUUCGACAGAUACUGAGCGCAGCAGCAGAUGUUGCAGGUGCACGUCGGAGCUCAGAGACCCCAGUGGAGAUCCACGCCACGGGAAGAAGGAAGGGAUUACAGGUGUCUCCCCCCCAACACCUACCUGGAGCCCUUUUGACCGUCAUCAGGGGCCAAAUCCAGGUCUCCAUGCGUCCGGGGACGAGAGGAUGCCACAGACCCCCCGUGGAGUUUAUUAUCUCACCGUCUAAGUGCAAUUAACAUAAUUUAGCUGGAAGCGUCGGGAUCAGUGAGAUGUGUCCCCACAGCCCAGAGCGCGGUGGUCCCUGGGAUGGGUGUUGUGGUCGAAACCCCGAUGUAAAGCAGGAGAGGCUCUAUCCGAAGGGGGGGGCGGGGGGCGUGAGAGUCCUUGGACACCGAGGCCGGCAGGACAUCCCUGCUCCUCGAAAACCCCUUGUCUCUUUCUUGUACUUUCAUCUUUUUCUCUGUCAUGCGACGUGUUGAGUGACAGAGGACUUAUUUUUGUGAAGUGGAGGAACACGCGCGUCACGCAAGGGACCGUUAACAGUGUGACACCUGGACGCGUUUGGGAGGAGCGGCGUUUUUGCGUACGUCUGAAAGCACUGUCCCGCUACAUGGGUCUGAUUUUACUCUCUAGGUCUCCAUUUGUGCUCCUCCUGAAGGUUCAUGCAGGACUUUUCACGACAUGUCUCUCCCCCUUUUG